AGAUUACAUAAACAGGAAAACUUAAAACAAAAUUACUUAAAAAAAAAAGAGAGAGAGAGAGAGAGAGAAAGGCCAGAAGGGGUAGAGGCUGUAAAUGAAGGCAGAGAGAGAGCUUUAGGGGAUGAAGUUGCAGGGGAAGGCAGAGGUAGUAAGGCCUUGGAGGCUAGAGCAGGUUAAAUAGGGGCCCUUUAAAAGAUAUGUUUAAGUCCCUGAAACCUGUAAAUGUGACUUUGUUUGGGAAAAAAGUUCUUUCCAGAUGUAAUUAAGUUAAGGAUCUCAAGAAGAGAUCAUUCUGGAUUAUCUUGGUGAGCCUUGAAUCCAAUGACAAGUGUUAUUAGGAGAGACACAGAGGAGAUAAGAGAAGAAGCCAGAGGCAGAGAUUGGAGUCAUGCAGCCAGGAGCCAAAGAGCUUCUGGAGGCACCAGACCUUGGAAGAGACAAAGAAUGGAAUCUCCUUUAGAACAUUAGAGAGAAUCCUACCAAUGCCUUGAUUUUGUACUUCUGGCCUUGGGGACUGUACGAGAAUAAAUUUGCUUUGUUUUAAGCCUCCAAGAUUUUGGCAAUUUGUUAUGGCAGCCCUAGGAAACUAAGGCGGAGGCCAUGUUUUAGGAUUUUGUUCUGAGAGUUGUGAAAAGUUGUUGAAGAGUGUUAAGGAAGGGAAUGGCAGAAUCUGAUUUAGACCUCAAAAAGAUCACUCUGCUCUGUGGAUACUGAACUAUUAGUAGAGAAGUCAAUUAGGAGAUAUUUUAGUAAUACCAGCAGGAGUUGAUGAUGGUUCAGACUAGGGUGGUGCUCUGGGAAAGAGAGAAAUUUGGGAGUUAUUAGCAUACAGAUGGUAUUUAAAGUUGUCAAAAGUUCAGAAAUAACAGAAGUAAAACUGAGGAAUCCCUGAAAUAGUAAUUAGUUAAAGUUUAUUGUGCACAUACCAUAAAGAUAGUUUGCAAACUGGGAACAUUCAAAACAUGCAGUGAGGCUCAGGGGUAUGUUAUAAAGCAGCUUAUAUAGUGAGAAAGCAGUGACUUUAUUCUUCACAUUGAUUGCUUGUAAUAUUAGAGUUCUCUUAAAUGAUAGGGUGUUGGUCAGUAGUUACCUUGGGAAACAGUUCAAGUUUUUGCUUGUGAUUUCCAGAGACAUAAGCAAGAAAUGACCUAGGUCAAGUUAGUUUGACAAAAUAAGCUAAAUUAAUCUUUGUUUGUGUGAUUAAACUAUUUUUGUCUACUCAGGGAAUUUUCAAGGCUGGCCUCCAUUUGUUUUUGACUUCAGCAAAGUCAUGGGAAUAUUUGAGAUCACCUGGGAAGAACAUAGAACCAUGAGGGCAAAUAGCCCAAGUUUAGUCCUAAAGAUCCCAAACCUUUAGACAAGAAGAAGAAAUGGCAAAAGAAUCUAAGAAGAAAUAAUCAGAAAGAUAGAAGGAAAGCCAUGACAGUAGGGUCUCAUGAAAGCCAAGGUCUAGGGUGGGGGAGAAAUGUGGAAUUGAGAGGAGAUGUUAAAUAGUCAUUAGGAGAGUAGGGAGGGAAGUAUUGCAGAAUUGAGCACUACCGGGCAGUGUAGAGAUCCAGGUGACAUUAGUGGUUAUACAUUUACCGUGUUUCUAAUCUGUUUGGGGGUGUGUCUAGCUACUCUCACUGGUACAAAUAUAGGUCCAGAAAAGCCAGAGUGACUGGGAUUUAGCUGGGGAAACUUGAAGGAAGGAGGGAGAGUCAGGGGAUUGAAUGAAUAUAUGUGUGAGAGGGGGCUUAUCAGUAGGAUAAAGAGAGAAAUGAAGGUGAUGAAAAGAGAGCCUCCAUGGAGAAUAUAGGUCAAUGGAUUGGAGAGAUAUAGAAAUUACUUGACUAAACUGUAAGGAAAGCAGCUUGUCAGAGGAUGGCAGGCUUCGGAUUCAUGAUCUGGGAAGUGUUCAGUUUCUGCUGAUGACAAGAUGCAGGGUGUGGCCAUGGAAGGAAUUGCCAAGGAAGCGUGGAAGAAAAGGGCCUUGGAGCAUUCUGGUUGUCCCCUUGGUCUGAAAUGCUCUUCACUUCCUCACUCUGCUUGGCUGGCUCCUUCUUGUCCUUCUGCCUCUCCUUAAAAUGCUACUGAUAACUCCAUCUGAAGAAGGAUCACGAACUGCUCCGUACAACACUAAGGGUGAAGAAUAUAUAAAAGUCCUGUGAACAUCUGUGAUACUAUCAGUGAACCGUUUCGCAAUGAGCGAUGUCAGCGCCCGCCAGGCCGCCUCUCUGUUCUGCUCAGCUACUGCUUCUUGGGAUACGUUCCUCAUGCUAUGGAAUUGCAAGCCACAAGCUAGAGCUUUCAGAUAUGUGGGUCACAAGGAUGUGGUAACCAGCGUGCAGUUUUCCCCACUUGGAAACUUACUGGCAUCUGCUUCAAGAGACAGAACCAUUAGACUCUGGAUUCCUGAUAAGAGAGGAAAAUCCUCUGAAUUUAAAGCUCAUACAGCUCCAGUUCGAAGUAUAGACUUUUCAGCCGAUGGCCAGUUUCUAGCUACAGCUUCUGAAGACAAAUCUAUCAAAGUAUGGAACAUGUAUCGCCAGCGUUUCUUGUAUUCCUUGUACCGACAUACCCACUGGGUACGCUGUGCCAAAUUUUCACCUGAUGGAAGGCUAAUUGUAUCAUGUAGUGAAGAUAAAACUAUUAAAAUUUGGGAUACCACAAAUAAGCAGUGUGUUAAUAACUUCUCAGAUUCUGUAGGGUUUGCAAAUUUUGUGGGUUUUAACCCUACUGGUACAUGCAUAGCUUCAGCAGGUUCUGAUCAUACCGUGAAAAUCUGGGAUAUAAGAGUAAACAAAUUGCUCCAGCAUUAUCAAGUUCACAGCGGUGGAGUUAAUUGUGUAUCAUUCCAUCCUUCGGGUAACUAUCUCAUCACUGCGUCUUCAGAUGGCACACUUAAGAUUCUGGAUCUCUUAGAAGGAAGACUUAUAUACACACUUCAAGGACAUACGGGACCUGUCUUUACUGUUUCAUUUUCAAAAGGUGGAGACCUAUUUAGCUCCGGAGGUGCAGAUGCACAGGUCUUAUUAUGGAGGACUAAUUUUGAUGGCUUGAAUUGUAAAGACAUUAUUAAAAGAAAUCUCAAAAGAUUACAUUUUGAUUCAUCACCACAUCUUGUUGAUAUAUACCCAAGAACACCACAUCCCCAUGAAGGAAAAAUUGAGACUGUUGAAAUUAAUCCAAAGCUUGAGGUAAUCGAUUUGCAGACUUCUUCUCCCCCUGUUAUGGACAUCCUUUCUUUUGAUUCUACUACAACAACAGAUACCACUGUUAGAACCUUAGCAGACAAAGGUGAAGAGAUCAACAGUUAUUUCUUGAACCCUUCUUUAUUGUCAUCGGAAUGUUCACCAACAACCUCAAAAAAGAAAACAGAAGACACGAGUGACUUCCCUUCUGAGAGCCAGAGAAGCAUACCACUCGCCGUGACUGAUGCUUUAGAGCACAUCAUGGAACAACUCAGUGUUUUGACACAGACUGUUUCAAUCUUGGAGCAGCGACUGACUUUGACAGAGGAUAAGCUGAAAGACUGCCUUGAAAAUCAGCACAGGCUUUUCAAUGCUAUCCAGCAGAAAAGUUAAAUAGAAAAGUAUGAGCAGAGGCAUGAUAAACGAACACAUGUACAUAGGCUCGGGAAGGUAGUACGAGACGCUCCCUUCAUGCAACACAACCAUGUGCUGAUUAUAAUGAUCAUGGCAUCUCUUAAAAGGGUGAGCAACAGAACCAAAGGCAGAAAAGGCACAAUUAACGACCAAUUUAAACACACAAAUCAAUGUCAAGGACUAAUUCAAAUCAUUACUGAUUAUAAUUGCAGUAAUAAAGUGGUAAGUAUUCAAGUGGCUCUAUAUUUUCCCCCAUAUUAUUUUAAAUGCCAGUUUUCAUUUAUAGUCCAAAUCCUGCCAGGAAAGUAAUCAAAUCUUUGAGUUUCAUUGUUAAAUCAUUGCAGUUAAUCACGUUCAGGCAAUUCCUUAAAGCAAUGGAUGUGUUUCUUUAGUGAACAACACCGUUGGGGUGAAGUAAUACAGUUACCUCUAAAACAGCAUCCUGUAUGCAGAGAAUGAGUUAGUGCUCUGACUCAUAUUUCUUUUAGCUCAAAAACAUUUAUUCUUUCUUAACAAUGCCCUGAAAUGCUGAUCUUACAAAAUUCCCAAAGUGUAGAAUUUCCACAGCAAGAACACGCUUAUUUUAAUUAGCAACAGCACAUACGUGGCACAGGGCGGUGGGUUGUUACUUAACUUAUGUUGUACAUGGCUUAUCCUUUGCUCAACCUGAAAGAAAAUGAAGAGCUAAAAAUGCGAGAAGCUCACGCGUCUUUCCUCUCGUAGAUGAGUGCACUGAAUGAUUUGGGUUGUGUCCAGACCUAAGCCCUGGUUUACAAAGCCGGCAUUAAGAGUGGUUUCAGUAAGCUCUGGAGCUUGAAAGAUGCAACGGUGAUAUUUACAAAUACACACACAUGUACAUUCAUGUGCUUCAGAAAUGUUGCUGAGGGUGAUUUUGGCAGCUGAGUAAUAAGUCCGUAUAAUAGUCACAUCAUUGUCUUCCUAUUUUUUUUUAAAUGAAUGUGAUUUAAAACAAAAUGAAAUUGAGCCUGGCCUUCUAAAAAAUGCUUAGGGUGAUUUGGUUACAAAUUAAGAAUUUUGUUUUAUCUAAAACAAGGGAUUAAAUUGAAGAAAAACAGAUUAAUAUUAGCUUGUUUUUCUGUUAACCUAAAUCAAGAACAAAGAAGGUGGGAGAGGGCAGUCACAUUUAUGCUGUCUGUAGGUAACAUGGGGAAAAUGUUUUGAAAAAGAAGCAAAAGUCAAAUCCUAUUUAUGUAUGAGUCUGUAUUUAUAAAUUUUUCCCAAAUAAUUUCAAUCAUAUCUAUAAGGUGGUUUUUAAAAAAAAUCAUCUCAUUCUGUGUUUUAAGUGCCUUUUUGUAUUGUACUAAGUGUGAACUUGUAGACAUUUUCAAGAGUUUAUAAAGACUAAGUGGUAUUGUAUUUUUAUAACCUUGUACAAAAGACCAAGAAAUGAAAUGUCAUAAUGUUUUUUGUUUACAAUUUCUUAAGCCUCAAACAAUAAAGACACUUUACCUUAAAAAA